AAAUCAUGGUCAUCUUUGUCACCAACCCCAAGCCUUCCUGUGGCCAAAGGGGUGCCAGGUGAAAUGCUGGCUAUUGUUUGACAUCAACAGGUGAUUUGGUGAAGAUUUGACUACGAAUUUUGUGUGCUAUGGAGAACUUGACCAACAAAUUCAGCCGUGCUGAUGUUCGCUACCAGUCGUUCCGCAGCUCAACAAGGCGUCAGACAGAUAAUGUGAGACCUUGUUAUGGAACAUUGCCCCGGAAACCACUAAUUAAUUCAGGCAGCAAUCGAGAAGUGAUAAAUCAGUGCUACGGAACACUACCUAGACAACAACCAAUAAAUAAUAAUAAUAAUAAUAAUUCAGGAAGACAGCAGGGUAAAAUAAAAUCAUAUCCAAAGAUACCACCAGAAUGGAUGAAUUCUGCUGUUCAAACUGGCCAAGAAGAGGGUGAAGGUCACAUGAAAUCUUCUCCACAAAAACUGGAGAAAAAUUCAAAUUUGGGAAAAGCUUUGCCUCCUCUCCCUGCUAGACAGAAGAGGGAAAAUCCUGAAGGGUUUAAUCCACAGACAUUAAAGGAUAAAUUAAUGGCAAGAAGCAGGUCCCCCCUCGUUGCAAGUGUGAGGACUCCUCAGAAGGAAAAUUUGGAAUGUCGCAAGGUGUAUGGAACAUGGGGACCCUCUACAUUCAGGUGCUAUGGAGAAAUUGGGAGCAAAUCUUUACCCAGAUAUACAGAUGAAAGUUACGAUGCUGACUGCGAUGAAGAAGACAUCUACGCCAGCAUUGACGAAUUGAAUGUCAGUUCUGACAGUGCAAGUCAGGUGUACUCUGAGAUUGCGGAGACUGUCAAGGAGAGCGACAGUAUGAAUCUCGUAGGAAGUCGCCAGAGCUGGCCGUACUCUCCGAGAGUCCCUGGUGACCGUUGCCAGGCAUGCGGGUUCGCCGUUGGAGAGGACAGGGUGUCCGUUCAGAGGUUCAUAUACCACACCAUGUGUUUCAAGUGCAUGGAGUAA